ACUUGCACAAACAGCCCAUAACCUGACAACGCGCUGUCAGUUUGUUGCGUUCCGUUAUCAAAGCUGCACAACCACUCUGUCGUAUAAACAAGCCGACGGUAUUUUAAUGCGGUAAAGGCAGGUGAGCUGAGGCUGAGAACACAUAGUGGCUGAAUGGAGUUAGAAGGGGAAAAAAUAGUCAGUGGGGUACGUGUGCGUGCGUCAUGUGCUGCAAGAAGAACUGGCCAGAGCGCUGAAUUGAUCAGUGGCUCAUUAUAGCUUAGCUUGCCAGCUGAUCGGAGCUAACUGUUUCGUUCGGCUUGUGUUUCACAAGCUGAUAUCCUGCGAGCCCCCACCCCACAUUCGUUCUCAACAGCCUCCUCCCCCUCUUUUUUUUUCCUCAGGGGCGCUUGACGGGGAGUAACGAGGCUAACAGACAGCUCAACAUUGGCAGAAAUAAGGAAUAGAAGGAUCCGAGUGUUCUCACUAACGGAUUGCCUUCGGGGAAGAUGAGCAGAUCCUACGCGGCCCAGAGCCCAUUGCAGGGAAACGAGAGCGGCUAUGGGAACCCGAAGAUGUCGCCGUUGUCCCCUCGCGAUUGAUGCUUCUACUUUCUGUCACUGUGUCCCUUCAUUGGAUUUUAUGACGGUUGGAUUGGUUCUUUUGCACUUAAAAUGUCAGUAAUGGCUCUGGCGAAAAGGAUGACACCUUACCAGUGAGCACAGGGGGGGAAAAACUCAAUCGAUACUUGUGAUGAUCUAUUUUUGCAUCCGAAUAAUGUGUCGUAAAGAAGAGGAAAACAGAAUUUAUAUCGGAUAUCGUACAUCUCUCUGUAGCAGAGAUGCAAAUCCAUGCGAGUAAACGUGAGCGCGAGGUGACCGAAAGCAGAUUAUAGCUACACUGUGCCAAAUAUUGCGGAUGUUGCGAAAUAAAUAAAUAAUAUUUUUUUUAAAUCAUAUUUCCCCCUGUUUUAAAUAGAUAUUGAUACUGUGAUAAUCAGAAUGUACAGUUAAAACUGAACUCAAACGAUUUAAAACAAAAAAUGUUUUCAUUUCUGUUCACUUGGUUAUCACACAUAGAUCGUAUAGCCUAAAUGAUUGUAGCUAUGAUAAUUACAACCUGAAGGAAAAGCACGGGAGAGUGACCGUUCUGGAAAUUGAGGAUGGAGCCACAGAAAACGAGAGAUUUACUCAAGAAUGACAUGGCCGUGGAAAUAUGUUGAUUUAGGACAUAAAAUGAGGUGAUGAUGGACCAUUUUGUGUGUUGAAGUGGGAAACGAACCUGUGAACUGCAAAAUAUAAGGCACGCUAUUUUGUUCCAUUUUGUUUGUUUGUUUUUUUGUUCGUUUUAUUUUUCGUUUUCGCCUAAAAUUGAGCCUAACCAUCAGCUCCUGGAGUCUAACGUCACAUACACACGCCAUGAAGACAAAUGUGUACUCCAGUUAUACACGUAUUAAGUUUUGAAGCAGAUGGGAUGUAAUGUGGUGUGGUCGCGUUGAAUAUUCGCCCCCUUUUUUCCUGCUUCGUGAAGACUGGCAUUUGGAGUCUAUAGAAUGGCUCGGUUCGGAGAUGAGGUGCCGUCCAGGUAUGGCGGAGGACCGGGACACGCUCAAGGGGGACCUGGCCGCGGCGGCAGCAGGCAGGGUGGCCCGCCGGGUGGUCAACAGAGAAUGUACAAGCAGUCAAUGGCCCAGCGAGCCAGAACUAUGGCCCUGUACAACCCUAUACCGGUGCGGCAAAACUGCUUCACUGUCAACCGAUCUCUGUUCAUCUUCAGUGAGGACAACUUUGUGAGAAAAUACGCCAAAAAGAUCACCGAAUGGCCUCCAUUUGAGUACAUGAUCCUGGCUACCAUCAUCGCUAACUGCAUCGUCCUGGCCCUGGAACAGCAUCUUCCAGACGGGGACAAGACACCAAUGUCAGAGCGUUUGGAGGACACUGAACCUUACUUCAUUGGCAUUUUCUGUUUCGAGUCUGGCAUUAAGAUCUUGGCUCUGGGCUUUGCCUUCCAUAAGGGCUCUUACCUACGUAAUGGCUGGAAUGUUAUGGACUUUGUAGUGGUGCUUACUGGAAUUCUGUCAACAGUGGGUUCUGACUUUGACCUGAGAACGCUGCGUGCUGUUCGAGUGUUAAGACCUCUCAAACUUGUGUCUGGGAUUCCAAGCUUGCAGGUUGUUCUCAAGUCCAUUAUGAAAGCCAUGAUCCCUCUGCUGCAGAUCGGUCUGCUGCUAUUCUUUGCCAUCCUCAUGUUCGCCAUCAUUGGUCUAGAGUUCUACAUGGGCAAAUUUCACACUACUUGCUUUGACAAAGUCACUGAUGAAAUCCGAGAGGAGUUUCCAUGCGGGCCUGAGGCUCCUGCUCGGAUCUGUCCUAAUGGAACAGUAUGUAAAAAGUACUGGCUAGGACCUAACUACGGUAUUACCCAGUUUGACAACAUCCUGUUUGCCGUGCUCACGGUCUUCCAAUGCAUCACCAUGGAGGGCUGGACUGACCUGCUAUACUAUAGCAAUGAUGCUUCAGGGAGUGCAUGGAACUGGAUGUACUUCAUCCCCCUCAUCAUCAUCGGCUCCUUCUUCAUGCUCAAUCUUGUGCUGGGUGUGCUGUCAGGAGAGUUUGCCAAAGAAAGGGAGCGAGUGGAGAACAGGAGCGAGUUUCUUAAGCUGAAGCGUCAGCAGCAGAUAGAGAGAGAGCUGAACGGAUAUCUGGAGUGGAUCUGCAAAGCAGAAGAGGUGAUUCUAGCUGACGAGGACAAUGACCCAGAUGACCGGAUGCCCUUUGACGGCACAAGGAGGAGGCCCACCAUUAAGAAGAGUAAAGCAGAGCUGCUGGAUGCAGAGGAUGGAGAUGGAGAUAUAGGUUCUCCAUUUGCACGGGGCAGUCUGAAGAGCUCGAAGCUGGAGGGCUCUUCCUUCCAUAAAAAGGAGCGUCGACUGAGAUUCUUCAUUAGGCACAUAGUGAAGACGCAAGCAUUCUACUGGAUUGUGCUGUGUCUGGUGGGACUCAACACACUGUGUGUGGCUGUCGUGCACUAUGACCAGCCUGACCUGCUCUCCGACUUCCUCUACUUUGCUGAGUUCAUCUUCCUGGGGAUCUUUAUGUCAGAGAUGUGUAUUAAGAUGUAUGGGCUGGGGACCAGACCUUAUUUUCACUCCUCCUUCAACUGUUUUGACUGCAUCGUCAUUUGUGGCAGCAUUUUCGAGGUGCUCUGGGCUAUGAUCCAGCCAGGAACCUCAUUUGGGAUCAGUGUGUUACGAGCUCUCAGGUUACUGAGGAUCUUCAAAGUGACCAAAUAUUGGGCAUCUCUGAGGAACCUGGUGGUGUCUUUGUUGAACUCCAUGAAGUCCAUCAUCAGUUUACUCUUCCUCCUUUUCCUCUUCAUUGUGGUCUUUGCUCUUCUGGGCAUGCAGCUGUUUGGAGGACAGUUUAAUUUUGAAUCCGGCACACCACCAACAAACUUUGAUACUUUUCCUGCAGCAAUAAUGACAGUGUUUCAGAUCCUGACGGGUGAAGACUGGAACAUGGUCAUGUAUGAUGGGAUUGAAUCUCAGGGUGGAGUCAGAACGGGCAUGGUCUUCUCAGUCUUCUUCAUUGUUCUUACGCUCUUCGGCAACUAUACUUUGCUCAAUGUGUUCUUGGCCAUCGCUGUGGACAAUCUGGCCAAUGCACAAGAGCUGACCAAGGAUGAACAGGAGGAAGAGCAGGCAGCCAAUCAGAAAAUGGCUCUUCAGACGGCCAAGGAAGUAGCUGAGGUCAGCCCACUGUCUGCAGCCAGCCUCUCCAUUGCUGCCGUGACAGUAAACUCUGAGCGUCUUGAUGCAACAGAACACUUUCUGGACUGCAAGGAGCAACAGAAGAACCACAAAGGUUGUAAGUCAGUAUGGGAGCAGCGCACUAGUGAGUUGAGGCGACAGACCCUGGUGAACAGCAGAGAGGCUCUUUACAAUGAGUUGGACCCUGAAGAACGCUGGAAGGUCUCGUACUCCCGUCACAUUCGUCCCGAUAUGAAGACCCACCUGGACCGGCCAUUGGUCGUGGACCCUCAGGAGAACCGCAAUAACAAUACCAACAAAACCCGUCCAGGUGACGGCCAGCCCCAGCGCACUCAUCAGCUCCUGCACAAACAGCCCAACUUCAAUGAGGGGGAGAGUGGUGGAGGUGGAGGAUCUGGGCCCUGGCCAGCAUUGGAAAGAGGGGACUCUACGGGCUCACGUCGGAGUCUUUUGGGCUCCGAGAACCAUGGGGAGGGUAGAGAGUCUCACCGCAGACAUCAGCACGGUGAGCGCUGCAGCCAGGCCCGUCAACGUCGUAAAGCCCCAGAGGAGGAUGGAGAGGGCGGAGGGAGGAGACACAGGAGUAAAGGCAGGGAAAGAGGACCUGAUUGUGAGCAUAUAGAUGGAGGAGAGCGUAAACACAGACGUCAUCACCAUGAGGGCGAGGGAAGGAAAGAGAGAGGGGUGCGACACCGCACCAGGAAGGAUGGUCAUGGAAGUGGCCCUACUCUCUCCACGACCCGUCCCAUUCAGAAGACUCUGUCCAGGCAGGACAGUCAGUACAGUGAGGAUCUGGACAAUGCCAUGAACAACAAGCUUGCCACACAGCCACCUAGUAGCUCCACCCCACAUGAUAGUCUGCUCAAUCUGGCUAACAGUGCCCACACUGCCAGCCUGGCACAUACUGGCACAGAGAGCAGCCUCAUUCUCACCAACCCUUCCUCUACCACUACUAACGUUGCUAGCACUGGACAUCUGGGCAUGAAACCCGAGUACACAGCCGUGGACAUUCCCCCAAUGUUCCCCUCCAGUAACGCCAUCCUACAGGUCAAUAAAAAUGCCAACACUGAGCCCCUGCCCAAAAAGGAAGACACAAAGGGUGAUGAUGAUGAUGAUGAAAAAGGUGACGGGGGGCCUAAACCCAUGCCACCCUACACCUCAAUGUUCAUUCUGACUACCACCAACCCAUUUCGGAGGUUGUGCCACUAUAUUGUCACGCUCAGAUAUUUUGAGAUGUGUAUUCUGCUGGUCAUUGCGAUGAGCAGUAUUGCCCUGGCCGCUGAAGACCCUGUCUGGCCCGAAUCCCCCCGCAAUAAUGUCCUGCGGUACUUUGACUAUGUGUUCACGGGUGUGUUCACCUUUGAGAUGCUCAUUAAGAUGGUGGAUUUAGGUCUUGUCCUGCAUCAAGGCUCAUAUUUCCGUGACCUGUGGAACAUCCUGGACUUUAUUGUGGUUAGUGGUGCCCUGGUGGCGUUCGCCUUCACUGGAAGCAGCAAAGGGAAAGACAUCAGUACUAUCAAGUCCCUACGUGUGCUCCGAGUACUGCGGCCUCUGAAAACCAUCAAGCGUCUGCCCAAGCUGAAGGCUGUCUUUGACUGUGUGGUGAACUCUCUAAAGAAUGUGUUGAACAUCCUCAUUGUCUACAUGCUGUUCAUGUUCAUCUUUGCUGUGGUGGCUGUGCAGCUCUUUAAGGGCCGUUUCUUCUACUGUACUGAUGAAUCCAAGGAGUUUGAGCGGGAUUGCAGGGGCGAGUAUCUUGUCUAUGAAAGAGAUAACGAAGUGAGGGCGCAGAAGCGGGAAUGGAAGAAAUACGAUUUCCACUACGACAACGUGCUCUGGGCCCUUCUCACCCUCUUCACCGUAUCUACGGGAGAGGGGUGGCCGCAGGUGCUGAAACAUUCAGUGGAUGCGACCUACGAGAAUCAGGGCCCGAGCCCAGGUUACCGGAUGGAAAUGUCCAUCUUUUACGUGGUGUACUUUGUGGUCUUCCCCUUCUUCUUCGUCAACAUUUUCGUUGCUCUCAUCAUCAUCACUUUCCAGGAGCAAGGAGACAAAAUGAUGGAGGAAUAUAGCCUGGAAAAGAAUGAGAGAGCUUGUAUAGACUUCGCCAUCAAUGCUAAACCGCUCACACGUCACAUGCCUCAGAACAAGCAAACAUUCCAGUACCGCAUGUGGGAGUUUGUGGUGUCUCCUCCAUUUGAAUACACAAUCAUGGCCUUGAUUGCCCUCAAUACCAUUGUCCUUAUGAUGAAGUAUGAUGGAGCAUCACAAACCUAUGAAGAUGUGUUAGCCAACCUGAACAUAGUGUUCACCUCACUUUUCUCCAUGGAGUGCAUACUGAAGAUCAUUGCCUUUGGAGCACUGAACUACUUCAAAGACGCCUGGAACAUCUUCGACUGUGUGACUGUACUUGGCAGCAUCACUGAUAUUUUAGUCACAGAGCUAGGGAACAAUUUCAUAAAUCUGAGUUUUCUAAGGCUCUUCAGAGCUGCUCGUCUCAUUAAGUUGCUCAGGCAGGGUGAAACCAUACGCAUCCUGCUCUGGACCUUCGUCCAGUCUUUCAAGGCUCUGCCGUAUGUGUGCCUACUCAUCGCCAUGCUGUUCUUCAUCUACGCCAUCAUUGGCAUGCAGCUGUUUGGGAACAUUUCGCUUGAAGACAAUGGUGAGAGUGCCAUUAACCAGCACAACAACUUCAGGACUUUUUUCCAGGCCCUAAUGCUGCUCUUCAGGAGUGCUACAGGUGAGGCAUGGCAUGAAAUCAUGCUGUCAUGUCUGGGAAAGAAGGUGUGUGAUCGUCUCUCUGGUAACACGGAGGCAGAAUGUGGGAGCGAGUUUGCCUACCUCUACUUUGUCUCCUUCAUCUUCCUCUGUUCCUUUCUGAUGUUGAAUCUUUUCGUGGCUGUGAUCAUGGAUAAUUUUGAAUACCUGACACGUGACUCCUCUAUCCUGGGACCCCAUCAUCUGGACGAGUAUGUGAGGAUCUGGGCAGAGUAUGAUCCAGCUGCUUGUGGCAGAAUCAGUUACAGGGAUAUGUAUGAGAUGCUCAGGCACAUGUCUCCUCCGUUAGGCCUGGGGAAGAAGUGCCCUGCACGGGUUGCCUACAAGAGACUGUUGCGGAUGGAUCUGCCAGUUGCCGAUGACAACACAGUGCACUUUAAUUCUACCCUUAUGGCCUUAAUCCGAACUGCUCUGGACAUCAAGAUCGCCAAGGGUGGGGAAGGAGGUGUGGAUAAACACCAAAUGGAUGCUGAACUAAGGAAGGAGAUGAUGGCGAUAUGGCCUAAUCUCUCUCAGAAGACUCUGGACCUUCUAGUGACGCCACACAAGUCAGCGACAGACCUGACAGUUGGAAAGAUCUACGCUGCCAUGAUGAUCAUGGAGUACUAUCGGCAAAGUAAAGCCAAACGGACACAAGCUCUCCAUGAUGAGCAGAAUCGAACGACAUUAAUGUUUCAGCGUCUGGAGCCGCCGUCUCCAAGCCAGGAUGUGGGGCAGGGACUCACUGGCCUUCCUGAAACUCAACCGCACCCAGCAAAUCAUCUGCCUGUUGAUGAAAGGAUACCGGAGAGCCAAUCAUGGGUGACGGCGCGGGCCCAAGAGAUGUCUCAGAAAGCAGGCUGGAGUCCUGAAGGCCAACACCCAGACGACACAGAAGAAAACCACAGACAAUCUCAGACAGUAGAGAUGAGAGAGAUGGGGCGGGACGGGUACUCGGACACUGAGCACUAUCUGUCGAUGGAAGGCCAUGGCAGGGCUGCUUCCAUGCCUCGACUCCCAGCAGACAACCAACAGCCAAGGAGGAAAGGACGGCACCGGGGAGAUAAUUUCACUACCAUCACCGAUAACAGUCCUAUGAAGCGCUCGGCUUCAUCUCUGGGACACGGGCGUCCAGGCCGCCCAAUGCGGGGUGAGGACUACGUCAUGGAGAGGGUUAUCCCAGAAGAGGGCCACAGACAUGGGCAUCGCCACCGAGACCGCAGUCACCGCGCAUCAGAGCGGUCCCUGAGCCGCUACACCGAUGCUGACACAGGACUUGGUACUGAUCUCAGCACCACCACACAGUCAGGAGACCUGCCAUCCAAGGAGAGGGACCGGGGCCGGGCCAAAGACCGCAAGCACCACCAUCAUCACCAUCACCACCACAGUUCUGUAGAUAAGGAGCACUAUGGACAUGAGAGAGAACGAGGAGACUACGGCCACAGACAGUCUAGAGAGAGAGACCGCCGCUGGUCCCGCUCACCGAGUGAGGGCAGAGAGUGCCUGACUCACAGACAGGGCAGUAGUUCAGUAAGCGGCAGUCCAGUCCCCUCCACCUCCGGGACCAGCACGCCCCGCCGCGGCCGGCGUCAACUACCCCAAACCCCCGCUACGCCCCGGCCCCACGUUACCUACUCUCCCGUGGUCCGUAAGCCCAUCGGGGGCACCCCCCCUCCCGGCCAGCAGAACCGACUGCCUGCCCCGACCUCCCGUCGGUUCAGUCCGCCUGGCCCCGAGCCCCCGCUUCCCCCUCACCACCAUCCAUCGCCUCCCCACCACGGCUCUCCCCGCUCCUCCCGUCAUGCUCACUGGGGCCCCGGCCCUACGGAGAGUGUGGAGGGCGACGGUUUCUACGAUGACCAAGACUAUGAGUUCAAUCACCAUGAACCUCCAUCCUACGAGCAAAGCCCUGUGCAGGGCAACCCUCACCCACAUUCCCCCAGGACUUCCCGCCACAGCACCCCCCCUCAGGGCCACCCGCGGCGCAUGCCAAACGGCUACCGUUCGUCCUCGCCCUCUCCGCACCACCACGCCACCAACCACCCGGGAACGCAUAAGCCUCCUCAUCCCAGAGGGCCCAGGAAGGGCCUCCAUGAACCCUACAGUGAGACUGAUGAGGAUGACUGGUGCUAGCCUCUGGGACGGGGAGGGGCAAGUCCUUCCACUCUUUCUGGAACGGACUGCCACCAAACAGAGCGUAGGCUCACAGUAAAACAAUACUUUCACUGGAUUGGCCGAUCUGUCCAGGGAAACACUUGGCAGUGCGCUGAAUGUCCACAGGGGAAAUCAAGGCAUGAUUCGUUUCUUUCUAUUUCUUGUUUCUUUUCCGAUUCCUCUGCUGCCAAGUGUUUCUCUGAAAGCAACGGACUGCUGACAGUGAAUAUGAAGACUAACGAAUAUGAAAUCCUGUUCUUAGCUUUUUUCUGAAGAAUACAAAAAAUGUUUUGAUAAGGAGGAGGAAUGUCUGAACAUUUUUUUCCCCCAGGACAUUUCAUGCAGUCCCUCCAGAAAUGAGACGCUACAAACUCUUUAGCACUCGUUUAAAAAAAAAAAAAAAACAACAACAACGGUGAGGUGGGUCACUUUUUAUUUCACAGAACUUGAAUGGAGAUUCGUUUAUUGCAAAAAUCAGUCCAGAUGCUGGGAAAUAUCGAUGAGUUUUAUCAUCUAUGUUUACUGUUAAUAAUUAUCCCAGUUGAGGGGGAGGCGUUCGCCCGUGCGGGUAAGUUGUGGGUGGGAAAUGGAGAUGGGUGGAGGUGAACUCACCUGAACUAAAAUAGGAAAGUCCACCCUGCACUUCAGCCCCCCCAGAAUGCAAGAAAGAAGAAUCACAAAAAAAAAAAAAAAAAAGGAGAGAAAAAUGAAAAGCUCCUCACUCUUUCUUCUUCUUCGGCUUCGUCUUCUGCUUCUCAUUGGAAACACUGGAGUUUGAAUCUUCUGUUGCACUGCCCAGCUUUGUUUGAACUCCUAGAAAAUAAAUCCUUUGGAAAUCCUGCAUGAUUGAAAAAAAGGAAAAAAAACAAGUUAAAAAUACACAGGGAAACUUUGGAUAAAAAGGGGAAAGGGGGGGGGAUUAAUUUUUUGGCUCUUUUGUCAUGUCUGUGACGUUCUUUCUCUCUCCUGUCGGUGCCCUCCGUCUCUCUCUCUCACGACUCUCUGUGAUCCCUCUCUCCUGAAGGAAAGGGGAGAUGAAGCCAUUGCUAACGUUCAAACUACUAGUAAAUGGGUGAGCAGAGGGAUGUUCGCAAUUUUUUUAUACCAGAUUUGGUGCCAAAUACCACAUACAAUAAAGAUUGUGAAUCAAAAAUAAACGGAUAGCACAAUUAUUUUUAAGCUUGAGACAUUUUAUAACAUUUUAUUUACAUUCCUCUAUCACUGUAUAGAUAAUUUGCUCACUUGCACAAACAUGCAGAUAUAGUAGCACAUAAAAAACACACAAACAUAUAACAGGCAAAGUACACGUGUGAUUCUUUUCCCUUAAACCGCCGUAAACAUGCUCUUCCAGUCUUCCAGGGUAAAUGCAGAGAGAGAGAGAUGAGGGGAGGGGAGGUGGAGAAGAGAGAGAGAACCUCUCCAUCUUUACAUAUGAUUUCAUGUUGAUAAUGACAAUGUGUGUAUAAAAAUGAUCACAUAAAUGAUAAGUGAUGAUGAUGAUGAAGGUGAUGAAGAUAAUGAUGAUGCUUUUAAUUUAAUUUUCUACUUGUUUUUGUAUUUGACUGCUGCUCUUUGUAUUGCCAUACUUGUUUUCAUGUGAGUUUUGUGUAGAUGGUGUGUGGAGCUCUGUGAUUGUGAUCCAUUAUGGGCCAUGACAGAAACCCAUCUGACCUUCAGCCAAUGUCCUCGGUAGCUCGACGACUUGGACUGUUUCUAUGGAAACACUUUCUCAGCCAUAUCAGUGAGCGUUAAUGACAGUUUGAAGCAUGCAUCUGAUCUCAAGUCUCUGUAACUGUGAACACUUUUUAUCAAGAAGGAAAAAAUGAAAAAGAAAGUAGAGGAAGAGCUGACUAGUUAUCGACCAUAUUGAUAUAAACAGGAUAUAAACGAUAUUAAAAAGAGAGUUUAGAUGUUAGUUAACAAGGAUUAAUUAUGUUGGUGUAAAAUUCUUAUAUUUUUAAAAAAACUUUUCUCUCAUAAUCUUCCUUUUAAAUGCUGAUUUUUAUUUAUUGAAAUUAUUUUUAUAAUUAUCUAUUAAUAAUUAUUUCUUUUAUACCUUUAAACCAGUGGUUUUCAACCAGGGGGCCAGAAUUCCACCAAAAUUAUUUUAAAUAUAUAUAAAUAAUCACUUGUAAUCAAAUUGUAGUUAAUUUAAAAUACUCAGCAUAGAAAUAUCUCAGCCUAUUUGGGAGUCAAAAAGGUUGAGAACCACUGCUUUAAACUGACCUUUAAAAAAAAUCCCUAAGACUUUUCAAUGUGUAGGUAAACGUGAAAAGGUAACUGAGCUCCACUACCUCUACUCGAUCAGCAGAUGGCGCUGUGAUCCACAUUGUUCAGCAGCCAGUGGUUCUGGCUCCAUCAGUCUCACCUUUUUCUGUUCCAUGUUUAUGUCAAUGACCUGUACAUUGAGAGUAGUACUAUGUGUCUGUCACCGAUGGUGCACCGUUCUGUGUUCAGGAAAUGUAACACAGCCAGUCAAACUGCACAGGAACAUGUAACACAGCCAAUCAAAUUGCAUGGGUGAAACAAUGACCGGGCCUUUUCUGCCAAAACUUGUCUCUUGUGUCCCACUGAUCUUUGUGUCUCUUCGGCCCACAUUACCAUCGUCAUCUCAGUAUUGUUUAUGAGGCAGAAUCCUCUGUGGAAUGACUCGGCAUACACAGACACGCUGCCGAUCCAGUCCAACUUUGCAGCAUGUGCAAAUUAGACGAUGUAUGUAGCAUUUACUAUACCAUAUUUUCACGCACAGUCCCACUUGAGUGAGUCCUGUAUGUAGCACUACUGAUGAAACUGGUACAUUUGUGGCUCUCCUUAUAUGUAUAAGUGUGUCCACAACUGGUGAGUAUUGUCUUUGAGGAUGUAAACACAAGAUAGGCUACAGGAUCCAAGUUUCAUGUCUCCCCUUGCUAGUUGAGCAUUACUAGAUUUUGUUAUUACUGAAUUUUCAAUUACUGUGCCUUAUUCAGCAUUAUUUAGACUGCACGUCUCAUCUUUACACAUUUAUACAGCUGCAAUGUGUCAGUUUGCAGUAAAAUCGUCUCUCUUGAUUUCUUUUAUCCACAACAGGCAUUUAGCUUGAGUGACUUUAUAUGGAGAGUAUCUAUAUGCAAUACAAACCUGUUUUGAGUUGCAACAAGCGUAUAAGGAAAUUAUGUGUCUGUAUGUUUGUGAGCAAUGUGUGUUUUGUGAUCAGGUUUGACAAAAAUCACCAUGUGAACGAUUUUCGGUCAUCCUCAUUUGCAUGCAUGAUGUUCACUCAGCGUCUUGCUGUGUGUGUGGCUGUGAGAGAAAAGACACACGAUUGUCUGGAUAGGACAUUUCUCAUUGUCUGUCAUGAUUCAUCGUUACUAACAACCUCAUGUUUGGCAAAACAAGUGAUGAUUAAAAAUACAAUGCCGACGUGGGAGUCACACUGUAAAAAGAGGAAACUAAAAACAAGCAAGUUUUUGUCAGAAAAAAAAAUGUAGAGAAGCAUUUACCUCGAGAACUGCAUGUGCAAUGUGCAUGCCACAGCGUUUGAUAAACAGUCAACUGCAGGAAUAAAAAAAGAAGAAAUGUUUUGUAGAAAAACACAAGUACAGAUAAAUCUUUUUUAAAAGUAAUAUAUUCCUUUAUGCUCUAUUUUUUAAAACAAACAAAAAAUAGCAUAUUCUGGGGAGGAAAAUCACUUUGAUGCAAUCUGAAAGUUGUUUAUUUAUUUCUGUUUCUAGCUGUUUUUUUUUUCUUCUGCCAACUAGAAGGAGAGACACUUCAACACUAUGUUCAGGGCACGUCAAUAUGACUACUGUCACACAAAAAAAAAGAAAGAAAUAAAAGAGUCAAGAAGAAAA